AUGUAUAGCCUUCAUUGUUAUGGUUUCCCUGAGAAGUUCUUAAGAUGGAUUAAAGAGUGUAUUACUUCCCCUAGAUUUUCUAUUUGUCUGAAUGGAACUCUGGUUGGUUAUUUUGAAGGAAAGAAGGGGCUGAGACAGGGGGAUUCCCUAUCUCCUUAUCUCUUUGUGCUAGCUAUGGAGGUGUUUGCUAGGAUUAUGGCUGAUCAUACAAAGGCUGGUUCAGGUUUUAAGUUUCAUCCCAAAUGUUUGAAGUUAAAGCUUACUCACUUGUGCUUUGCAGAUAAUCUCCUCAUUUUUUCUGCAGCUAGUUUGAGGCCCACUAACAUCAUUAAAGCUGCUUUGUUUGAGUUUGAAGAACUUUCUGGUUUGAAAGCUAAUGCUGCUAAGAGUUCUGUUUUUUGCUCUGGGCUCUCGGAUAGGGUGAAGACCUUAUUGCUGGGUGAGUUGAAGAUGAAUGAAGGGCAUCUUCCAGUUAGGUAUCUGGGAGUUCCUCUCAUUUCCACUAGGCUGUCUGCAGCAGACUGUAGAGCUUUGUUAGAUAGAAUUACAGGGUGCAUUGAUUCUUGGCUUUCUAGGAAACUUUCCUAUGCAGGUAGGCUCCAACUUCUGUCAUCUGUUUUGUACAGUUUGCAAGUGUACUGGAUUGGAAUUUUUAUUCUCCCUAAGGCAGUCAUCAAGGCUAUUGAACUUAAAUUCAAUAGAUUCAUUUGGAAUGGGAAAGCUGAAGGGACUACUAAGGCAAAAGUUUCCUAG